UCCUGGCCUACCGCCGCCUGGCUUGAAUGGCCCUGUUAACGUUCCUAUCGUCCCACUUUCUGACGCGUCCGUUGUUUUCGGGCUUGGACCAAGAGGUGCACCGGUUGAUCGCGAAUUUGGUACUGGUAGUGGUUUUGGCCCCCGUGUGAUGACUGAUCAGAGGGAGUUUGGUGGGGAUGUUGUUAGUAGUGGUGAGCAGCCUCCCAGGUUUAGUGGACUUUCGUCAUCGUCUGUUGGUGCGUUUGGAGGGUUCCACGGGCAUGGGCAUGGACACGUUCGGUGAUGUCGGAAUUGGAGGGUUUGGCAGGUUUGGCGGUAGCAGUGGUACGUUUGGAGGAAAGGAGGGAAGGGACGAGUAUGGGAAUGAUGUGGCUACCCCCACUGCUACGGGUAUUGCGGCGGGUGCGAACGUUGUUGUGUUUGGGGCUGACGAUCUGCCUGCAUUACCUUUCCUGGGUUCGUCGAGCUCAAGACCGCAUUCUGCCUGGAGGAGUGAUAUUGGAGAGGGUAUGGGUGGGCACGAGUCGUCAACGAAGGCGGAUGGUGGUGAAGGUGGGGAGGAUGAUUCGUUGCUGAAGUCGAUGACUACCUCGUCUUCGUACUCCUCGUCUUUGCCUUUGUCUGCUGGACGUGACUUCGAUGUGCAUGUGGAUGCGGAUGAGGGAGAAGUCGAUACCAUUGAUCCCGAUGCGACGUUUGUGGCGUCCGAGGUGCAGCAACAGCAAGGCGCUGACGAGAAGGGAUUGAGAGGACCAUCUAGGGCCGUGUCUCCUAUUGCUCGUUCGAACACCUCCAACCCCCGGGCGUCACCUGUUCAUCCGACAUCGACAUCAUCUAAUGCUCCGAUUUCGCUGGAGUCGAUCUGGAAGAGGGACUCGUCCCCUUUAAUUGCUGUCGUUUCGCAGUCCGCCUCCGCAUUAUCCCGCCCAUCAUCAUCUUCAUCUAGGGCCAUUCGACCCCCUUCGUCAUCAUCUUCAGCUUCGGCGUCGUCUUUGACUUCUUCGGCUCUUUUCUCUCAGGAUUUGGAGGCGAGAUUUGAAGGUUUUUCGAUCGGACCGAUCACCGCUGGUGCCGGGUCUAACGGUGUUGGCACUGGCUUGGGUUUGAAUAGGCCACAGAGGGACGGGGAGUCCAGUCCGCCAGUGUCCGGUAGUCCGCCUCUUCCGCAUAAUGGUGUUCCCAUGUCAUCUGUUUAUAUGGGGAAUUCGACGUUUUCGCCCUUUGGAAAUGAUCCCCUGCCUCCUUCCUCGACAACGAGCUCGCCUCCUUUGACUAAUGGUGGGAUUACGUCAUCCUUUGUGGACAAGAAUGAUCCUAUCGUGUCGCCCACUUCCAUCUCAUCUUCGUCUUUCGCUGUUACCGCUCCUGCUGCCGGUAGUCUUCAUUCGCAAAUGCAUCCUCCAUCGCAUCUUCCUCAUCUUAACAAUACUAACAAUAACGGCAAUUUUCACAAUUUUAACAAUCAUCAUCAAACGCAUGCUGCACUUCAUCAACUUCAUCUUCAACCGCAUCCUUCUUUAUUCAACAAUCACCAGCAUCAACAUCAUCUUCAUUCGCUUCAGCAGCAGCAGCAGCUAGGGCGUGUUUUGGAUCGGUACGACGGAGUAGUAAUGGGGCCGUCGUCGUCAUCGAUGUCGAGUUCUCUGUACGGCGUUCCUCCUGGACUCGGUAGUGGUGGUGGUGGUGGUGAUGGACAGGGUCGUCUCUUAUGAUAAAGACCGGUUAUCAUAUUGGCAAGACGCGCUUGUUCGUCAGCUCGGUAUUCAUUGUUCCAUAGAUUCCAUAAAACACCGAUUUCGAAAUAUUUAU